GGUUUACAAAUUCUUCAGCGAGGAUAGAAAAGAAAACCCUCUUCUCUUAAACCUUUCACAUCCGGCAAACCCUCUUCUCUUAAACCUCUGCAAAAAAGAUUAUCUGUGAGAGGCAGCAGAAUAAGCUGCUACUCCGUGAACUUCCUUAUCCAAUUUUUGUUCUUCUUUCAGUAAUCGCAGCAAAGAAUGGCGAAGAGGAAGGAGCGGAUUCAGAACCCGGAACCGUUUGAUCCGUAUGGCGCCGACCAUGCGAAGACGAAGAAGCCUUCGAAAGCGCCGAAGCAGUACCAGCAGGAAGAGAAACUAAUUUCUUCCAAAAUCAGCUCGAAGAUCAUGAAGGAGGCUCUGCUGCAGCAAAAGGAGGAAGAUGAGGCGGCGAAUGACAACGCCGCCACUUUCUUCGAAGAGAUUCCCAAGGCGGAGGAAGCAGACGGAGACGAUAUCGAUGAAUUUGCCGGCUUCUCUGAAACGCAGAGCCAAUUCGCCGGAUAUGAAGAGGAAAUUAAUGAGGAGGAUGAGAAACUAAUGGAAGCAUUUUUAUCAAAAGAUGCUGGUCAGCAGAAAACACUAGCAGACCUCAUUGUCCAAAGAAUAAAAGAAAAGGAUUCUUCUGUUGCUUCAGAAAUGCGACCUGUUCCAAAAUUGGAUAAAUCCAUAAUUGACAUAUACAAGGGGGUUGGGACCCAUCUCAGCAAAUAUACAAUAGGCAAAAUACCCAAGGCAUUUAAACACAUCCCCUCUAUGCAACUUUGGGAGGAGGUCCUGUAUAUAACUGAACCUGAGAAUUGGUCUCCAAAUGCUCUUUACCAAGCCACUAGGAUUUUUGCUUCUAAUUUUGGUGCAAAAAAGGCAGAACGUUUCUACAAGCUUGUGUUGCUUCCAAGAGUGAGAGAAGAUAUACGGAAGAAUAAACGGUUGCAUUUUGCCUUAUACCAAACCCUGAAAAAGGCAUUGUACAAACCUGCUGCAUUCUUUAAGGGAAUACUGUUUCCCCUAUGUGAGUCACGCACAUGCACUCUCAGGGAAGCAGUCAUUGUUGGAAGCAUUAUAGAAAAGGUUUCUAUUCCUCCACUUCAUUCAAGUGUUGCUCUAUUGAAGCUUUCUGGAAUGGAGUAUUGCGGCACGACAAGCUAUUUCAUAAAGCUUCUUCUGGAGAAAAAAUAUGCUUUGCCAUAUCGUGUUGUUGAUGCAGUUGUUGCUCAUUUUAUGAGAUUUUUGAAUGAAACCAGGAUAAUGCCUGUCAUAUGGCACCAGUCACUUCUUGCUUUUGUGCAGAGGUAUAAGAAUGAGUUGCAAAAGGAAGAUAAGGAUGGAUUAAGGGAUCUACUGGANAAGCAGAAGCAUAAAUUGGUUACACCAGAAAUCCAUAGAGAGCUAGAACACAGCCGCAACCGAGGUGAAAAGGAGGAAGACCUUAUGUCAAUUUCCAGUCCAGUAUUUGUGAUAAACAAGACUAUUGAAGAGGAUAGAUUUGACAUUCCAGAUGUACCAAUGGAGGAGGAUUAAUUUAUUGUGGUGGCCGUCACUUCAAUAUGUGCUGUGCUUGGUUUUGGGUUUUUCAUAGCGCUUCACUUGAGUGAGAAUUUUCAAUAGACAUGCCCUCAUCAAGCUUCCCGAGGGUGCAGUUUUGGUGUCAGCAUGAGAUUUGUUGUAUUUGUUUUGCUGCCAUUUUUGUUUACUUUGUGACUUUUCGACAUGCAAUCUCAUUUAUUCUUUUUGUGAUGUAAUCUUAUCGAAAAUACAAUUAAACUUGCUAGAAUGUUUUAUGGUGUUUCAUGUGGCA